AUGACACGACGAAUAGUCCGCACCGGCAUCCAGCUGGGCACCCUCACCACUCUGAUCAUCCUGCUCGUCAUCUUCUUCGACAACCACUUCCGCGUGCUCCCACAGUCCAUCCACGCCCACCUGCCCGUCCACCAUGCCGGCCUCAUCAUCACCGACAUCACCGUGCAAACAUGCAACUCUCUCAACCCGCUGUCCAGCUGCAAGCUCGACGCCGACAAAUGGCACCGCGUCGAGAAGGACCUGUACCUGAGCACGGGCUGGUUCAACAAGGCGUAUGUGCACGUCAAGCGCAAGAAGGAGGAGGAGCUCAAGACGGAGGAUAAAGUCGUGCUGGACGUGCGCGUCGGCCGCCUCGACCCCGCAAUGGGCGAAAAGGGCCAGGCAGGCGAGAAGUGGGAGUCGCGCCCCGCGGGCAUCUGGCUGCUGCGCUCGUCCAAGCGCCACGACAGCGACUCCAAGCAAGUCGUGACGGCCAUCGACAUUUUGUUUGGCGCCGACGCGGUCGAGCCGCGCCCCGGCUGGGAGAUUCGCGACACGCCGCUGCUGCUGGACACGAGUGGCGAGGCGCAGGAGGCGCGCAUGAGCAUCCGGCGCGGCCUGCCCAUCACCAUCGACAAGCCCAUCCCGCGGAUAAACAAGGAUGGCAAGUUUAAGAUUUUGCAGGUGUCUGAUUUGCAUUUGAGUACUGGCCUGGGCAACUGCAGGGACCCGGAGCCCAAGGACCACAACGGCGGGCACUGUGACGCAGACAGUAGAACGUUGGAAUUCGUCGGCAAAAUCCUGGACCAGGAGAAGCCGGACAUGGUCGUUUUGUCCGGCGAUCAGGUCAAUGGCGAGACGUCGCCAGACGCACAAUCUGCCAUCUUCAAGUUCGCCGAACUUUUUAUAAAACGCAAGAUCCCCUACGCCGCCAUCUUCGGCAACCACGACGAUGAAGGCUCCCUCUCACGCGCCGCGCAAAUGUCGCUCAUAACCACGCUCCCCUAUUCCCUUAGCGAGCCCGGCCCGCAAAACAUCGAAGGCGUCGGCAACUACUACGUUGAAGUGCUCGCGCCGGGCUCGCACAGCCAGCACUCAGCUCUGACGCUCUACUUUCUGGACACGCACGCGUACUCGCCCGACGAGAACAAAUUCCGGGGCUACGACUGGCUGAAGCCGAACCAAAUCGCAUGGUUCAAAGACACAGCCAAAGGGCUCAAAGAAGCGCACCACAAAUACACGCACAUCCACCUCGACAUGGCCUUCAUCCACAUACCACUUCCCGAGUACGCACUCACGGACAACGAGCGCGUAGGCGCCUGGAAAGAAGGCGUCACAGCGCCCGGCUUCAACAGCCACUUCCACGACGCGCUGCUCGAGAACCACGUGCUGACGGUGUCGUGCGGCCACGACCACGUCAACGACUACUGCGCGCUCAGCAAGACCGAGAACGGCGAUCCUCGCCUCUGGAUGUGCUAUGCGGGCGGCAGCGGCUUCGGCGGCUACGGCGGCUAUAACGGCUACCAUCGCCGCCUGCGCGUGUGGGAGAUUGACGCUAACACGGCUAAGAUCCGCACGUGGAAGCGCGUCGAGUGGGGCGAGACGGAGCAGCGGCUUGAUGAGCUGGUCGUGGUUGAUGGGGGGAAGGUCGUUGCGCCGCCGGCGGGGGAGGCGGGGCAGAAGGGUGAGGAUCAGCAGCAGCAGCAGCAGCAGCAGCAGCAGCAGGGAUAG